UCUGCUGGUUCUACUCUUUUAUAAAAGCGACGUUGAGAAUUUCAGAGUAGUUAGUUGCUUGAAAUGUGGCUGUCAAAGCUUGUGCUUUUCGGUCUCGUGGUUACUUGUACGCGUGCCGACCAGGAUGUGCAACUAGAGAUUUCUCAGGGGAUCCUAAAAGGAUUAAAGACCGAGACGAUUCUGCAUAACAAGCCGUAUUAUAGUUUUAAGGGCAUCCCUUAUGCGAAGCCGAAUGUUGGCCAUAACAAGUUCCGUUCACCAGAACCAGCUGAUCCAUGGGAAGGUGUGUACGAUGCAACCAAGCAUCGUUCACCGUGUCCAUUUUUCUGCAUGAUUAAAAAGGGUCUGAUCGGUGACGAAGAUUGUCUUUAUCUGAACGUCUACACUCCAGUCUUGGAUAAGGAAGCUCGUAAAGCUGUUAUGGUGUGGUUUCAUCCUGGUGGCUUUAACUCAGGCAUGGGAGACGAUGUUAUCUUUGGAUCAGACUUUUUAAUCGAACAUGACGUGGUGGUCGUUACUUUCAAUUUUCGACUUGGAGCAAUAGGAUUCUUGAACACCGGGGACAAAAACGCGCCUGGAAAUGCUGGAAUGAAGGACCAAGUUAUGGCGUUGAAAUGGGUGAAAGAUAACAUACAUUUCUUUGGUGGUUGUCCGAAUAGAGUAACUAUCUUUGGCGACAGUUCCGGUGGAGCCUCUGUUCAAUAUCACAUGGUAUCUCCUAUGUCUGAAGGCUUGUUCAGUGGCGUUAUAGAGGAAAGUGGGUCAUUGCUUAAUCCAUGGUCAGUAUCGUAUAAUGCAAGAGAGCAAGCUUUCAUGUUAGGCGAGGCCCUUGGAAUACACACUACAGAUUCCGGGGAAUUGGUGCAUAAACUGAGCGAAUUUGCCGCCAGUGACAUCAUUGCAGCUACUAAUGAAAUAUCGAAAAAUCAGGACGGAUUAUACGGACACCUCUUCACUUUCGUUCCAACUAUCGAAGUCGAUUUUGGUCAGGAUAUGUUCCUUCCAACUGAUCCAUGGACCUUGAUAAAGACUGGAAAUAUCGCUGAUGUGCCCGUAAUGGCUGGAAUCGUCGCCAGUGAAGGUCUACUAUUCGCGCACCAAAUGUUAGACGCCGUUGAAUUAUUGAACACGGAACCAGAGAAAUUUUUGCCAGGUGAUUUGAACGUCACCGACGCAGGCGCGAAGAAAGAAGUUGGCGAGAGUUUAAAAAAAUUCUACUUCGGGGAUAAACAAGUGUCAAAGGAGAAUUUGAACGAAUACGCUGCGAUGAUGAGUGACACGUUCGUCAACGCCGGAACGAUGUUAUCCAUCGAUAUCAUAAGGAGUAAAAUUUCGUCUCCUGUUUAUCAAUAUCUAUUCAGUUACGAGGCGCCAUUCGGUUUUAUGAAGAGUUUGUUUGGCAUUAGCGACGGAGUUGCACACGGUGACGAGUUGACGUAUCUAUUUUACUCGAAUGCUAUGAAAAAUCUACCAGAACCAGGUUCCUCAGCGGAAAAGAUGACAAAUACUUUAAUCAAAUUAUGGACGAAUUUCGCCAGAGAUAGAAAUCCAACAUCGAAAAUGGACGAAGAUAUCACGACAAAUUGGGAACCAAUGGGAAAUGAAAAUUAUUACUUGAACAUUAACAAAGAAUUGAAACUGGAGAAAGAUUUACUGAAGGACAACCACGAUUACUGGAAAAACAUGUACAAAGAUGUCAUGCUAUGAAUUUAUUUAACAGAAUUACCAUCUCGGUAUUACUUUAGUAUAUAAUAUUAAC